UUCUACAACAAUUGGUACUACACGACUGUCGUGAAAUUCGUCUGGCAAGUAGUCCGCAGACUGUCGUUGAUCUUUUGCAAAAAUGGGAUUCGGUGACUAUCCCGCGGAAUAUAAUCCGUCUAUUCACGGGCCCUAUGAUCCAGCCCGAUAUUACGGAAAACCGGACACUCCGUUGAGCCAAGUAAAGUUAGGAGAGCUAGGCGGAUGGUUUGGUCGCCGCAACAAGAAUCCCAGAGCCAUGGUGGCCGCAGUGUCUCGAGCAUGGUGGCGUUGGCAGCAUAAAUACGUUCAUCCAUCUAAGGCUGGAAUUGCUCCAAUUUAUCAACUAAUAGUUGGUAGCAUGAUAUUCUUCUAUACUAUCAACUAUGGCAAGAUCAUUCGCCACAGGAACUACAAGUACCACUAAUGGUUCGCUCUGCAAAUAGAAAAAAGAAGAGUAUAGUGUUACAUGAAUUGUAUGUUGCAAAUUUGUCCAAUCUAACAUAAUUAUUGGCUGAAUAAAGAAAAUAUCCAAAGUA